AAUUUGAGUCGAUAUCUACAAUAAUAACUGAGAUAACAGGGGGAGCUCACCGGCUAGAGCUUAGCCGCAUUUACUGCAGAUUCACUUCAGGAAUGUAAAUAAUAAUUAUUUUUCAAAUAGAAAAGUAUUAUUUUUUGAAAAAAUAGAACCAGUUAGUUUACAACGGACACAUCAGUGGCGUUCUUCUUUAUGAAGAGGAAGAGUACUAACUAAGAGGACAGGAGAGUACUAACCUACAUGAAAAAUCAUUUGUUGGCGUGGGAGAUUCGAACAAUCACCAACGACUUUGAGAUCGGGCUGGUAAAUUCUGUGAGAAACAUUUUUCCCAACGCACGUCACCUGGGUUGCUGGUUUCACUAUACUCAAGCAAUUUGGAGGCAUGCUGAAGCCGAGGGCCUGACCAACGUCAUUCACAACAAUUUUGAUGUGAAAAUGAGUUCCGCCCCAUCAAGGACCUCCUCAUGAUGACCGGGUCCCCCCAUAUGGCAUAGUUGAUGGCUUGAGGAGGGACUCCUCGACCGUCGGUUGACGAGAGUCAUUGCAUAUAUCAGGAGAUAUCCUAGAGCGGCGGUCAGGCUCGGGUAUCCGAGCAUCCGGAGCUCAAUUCACCGGCAACUAGUACAACCGCCAAUGCCGCACUCUCUCCAUGAGUUAAUAAUUCAAAUAAAAUAAUUCAAAGAGAUGAGUGGCGGCACAUGAUGUCCGACAGAGAUGACCAACUUUUUUUCCGAGGGUUGAUUGGUCGGCGGCAAUAUACAUAUUAUCACAAAAAUGUUGAAUGCCCUUCGUGGCACUGAAAGGAUUCAUAUCGACGCCACAUUCAAAACAGUGCCUGCACAAUUGCAGGCUCACCAAUUGCUAACCAUUCAUGGGGAGUACAUGCACCAUGUAUUGGGUGGGGGUGAUUGGCGUGGAGAGCCUCUCCACCUUCUAGCACCUCGGAGGACUAACAACCACCUUGGAAGUUUUCACGCUAGGAUGUUGGCUGCAUUCGGCGUCAACCUGGAUGUGUGGAGUUUUAUAAGAAAAUUCAGAGACAUUGAGAGAUCAUCAUUUGAUGAUUCACAACGGAUAGACAUUGUGCAGACAACCUGAUAUAGCGGGGAUUUUUCCAACAACACAAUGGUCUCUAGUAGCAGUGGUUACCAGUGGCAGGAGAGGAAGUUUUGGUAGCAGGAGAGGAAGUGGUGGUGGCAGGAGAGGAAGUGGUGGUGGCUGGAGAGGAAGUGGUGGUGGCAGAAGAGGAAGUGGUGGUGGCAGGAGAGGAAGUGGUGGUGGUAGGAGAGGAAGUGGUUGUGCCAGAAUAUCAUGUAAACCCACCUGCCUGACGCCGCCGAAGAAGGCAGCAAGGAGCCCUGCAACGUCCCAUCGCAGCCCAGCAGCAGCCAGCUGCAGCUCCACGGUUGAGCAAUAGCGUGAUUUGUUUAAAUGAUAAAUGCACAUUGCUCUUCCGUGUGGGCACAUAUGCAUGUGCGGAUAAUGUGCCGAGCAAAAUGUAUUGCACAUGAACGGGCAGCCCCGUUGCCCUCUAUGCAAUAUAGAUUUUACCCAUUAUCAUAGAGUACUUCAAUUUGCAGUAAGCAGCAAUAAGCAGGUAGGCUCAACUCACACUUACGCGACUCAGGUCGAGAAGAGAUCCGACUCUAGUCGAGAGCAUGUGUUUCCAAAUGGUGACACUCAGACCAGUCGAUUCUAGUCUCCGCGAUUGUCACCUUUUGAAAACACAUGCGACCUGGGUCGCGUAAGUGUGAGUUGAGCCUGCUUAUUCUAGGUAUUCGGCUAGAACGGUUCCGUUGUAGUUAAUUUGCAUAAAAAUGUUUCAUUGGCAGAAUGAGUAUGACAUAGGCAUUACGUCACAGACAAGCAAGAAAGUAGUUCUUUGCUUUCAACAGAUAAACUUGAAUUAUUCAAUUUUACAAAUUAUUUAACCUUCUUUAUCAUUUCCCAUGAACAGUGUAUAUGUGCUAUCACAUAUAAGACUAAUUUUGUUAUUGAUAACAGAUCGGACUGUAACAUUUGAACGCUCAUACCUUUUGGGGUUAUUUGUCUGACUUGUGAUUGGCGUAGACUGUCCACAGAAAUUCAUACAUCAAUCUUAUUAACCUAACAAUUAUAAUUAAUAUUCUUUAUAAAAUUUCCUAUUCGUAAAUAUAAGAAAUAAAUAUUGCUGCUCUUAUCAAUGAAAAUACUUGUGCAAUGACAUUGUUAUAACAUGCAAUUAUAAUGUACUUUUCAAUUAAUAAAUAAUUUUAACAAUAAUAAU